UGUGCCUCGGUGCGCCUCGGCGCGGGCUCUUGGCCGCCGCCAUCGAGCACCUAUAGCGUGAGCCCACCGCGGCGGCCGACGACAAGGCCCCGCUCGCCGACCUCUCCCUGCGGGACCUCCAGCUCGUGCUCGUCUACUUCGCGUAGGAGGGCCGCGACGCCUCCUUGAGGUGUUCGAUUGGCUGCUCCGAACCGACUACGUCGACGACGAGACCAUGGAGCUAAUGACCGCCAUCGCCUGCGGCUGGAUCAAGCGCCUCGUGGGGGGCGGCGGCGACGUCUCCGCGCUGCUCGGGGAGAUGAACUGCGUCAGCCUGCGACCCGGGUUGAGCCUCGUCGAGAAGGCCGUUGCGCUCUACUGGGACCGCAGUGAGAGGGCGCGCGCUGUCGAGUUCGUCAGGAACAUGCUCAGGAGGGGCAGCGUCGGCGCGGGAGCGGACUACGACGGCCAGACUGGAGGCCCCGUCGGUUACCUCGCAUGGAAGAUGAUGGACUGUUUCUUGAUUCUUAGAACUUGGAACCGCAUGCUGAAAACCAGCUUAGAUUUCUAUGGUUUUGGAUUUAGAAUGACUAGGCAUGUAAGCAGAGCACUGCAACUCUUACUGCUAUAGUAACAUGCUUGUAUAACACAUGUUGAUUUUCUGAUGACAUGCCUCUCAACAUGGUCUGAAUAUGAUAAUCGGUAAGUCAUAAACCUCACAUCAAUGUUGAUAGACUUGCGAUGGAAGCACCUCUCUACAUGACUCAUACAGUACUCUGACCAUGAUAUUGUUAUUACUGUUUGGCUGAUACAGGGAGGACUAAGGUUUCUUUUAGGGAAUAUUUUGGGUUUGGAAAUAUUUUUUCAUAGGUAUUAAUUAAUAUAUUAGACGAUACUAUAAUUUGACCUUCACUAACCGAGUGAACUCUUGACAUCAGUAACCCCAGGAUGCUGUCAUGUCCUACCAAGAAGCCUGAUACAUUUAAUAAUUCUGAGUAUCUGUUGUUUUAUGGUGGGGGUCGGGAUGGUGAGCAGGGGGCACUCGACGAAUCACAAAUACGGAGUAACUAACAAUCAGAAGGCAGAAUAACAUAAUCAAUGAGCUGGGCAUAACACAAAAUGACUUCUAAUUAUCUCUUCGCAGUGAACACUUCUAUUCGCGAGGAAAUUCUUAGGAGUGAGCAAGCAUAUUUUCUUGUUUCUGCUGUACUUGGUAAGCAUUUAAUAAUAUUUUUUGAUAAGAAAAAAAUCAUUGGCAUUUGAUAUUGAAUAUUUGUGCAGCGAAGGUUCAAUUUUUGUUGUUAAGGAAGUGUCUUUACUUGACAUAGGAAGCAAUGCACAUCAGUCUAUUCUUGCACAAGAACAGGUUUGUUGUUGUUCUUGAUUUCUGUCAGUAGUAUUAAUCAUGUAAUAUUAACUGUUGUGUAUAUUACACACUCUCACAUUUCAUAUGCUCUGCCAUCUUCUAAAUCUCUAAUAUUCGAUGUUUAUGUACAUCUCUGAUUUUAUAUUUUGCUUCAUAGGAAAUUGUUCUCUUUAGUCAGUUUGAAUAUAAAAAUAUAGU